AUGUCUCCAUCCACUAGACGGAGUUAUGGAAAUAAUUACUUGUAUUCUCCAGAAAUGAUCCUUGACUAUAAGACAUGGAACUUCGUCCACUGGAUGAAGACAUUUCUCCAUGUCUCCGUCCACUUCCAUAACUCCGUCCACUGGACGGAGACAUGGAGAAAUGUCUCCAUCCAGUGGACGGAGACAUGGAACUCCGUCCACUGGACAAAGACAUGUAUUGCAGCACAUUUAACUUCAGCAUUUGCUAUUUACCUUGGGCUCUUUUGGACUUCUCUUUCUGUUAUUAUGCUUGAGCCUCCUGCUGAAUCCGUAGCCUGGGUUCAAGGGGCAACUAAAGUUAAGUGUAUAGCCCUUCCAGUAAGAUCAAUUGUUAGAUAA